CAAGAGAAUUAUACUCGUUCGAUUCAGUUCGGUUUCUACAGACACACAGUAAUAGCAUUCUGUUGAAUCGUUUUGACAAAACACAUUUAAAUAUUUGUAAUUGCUUCAGAACCACGUCAAGCUAGAAACUUAAGUUCAAAGGUUACAGCCACCAUGGCCACCAUUCAUUGUUAUUACCGGUAGAACCAAAUCCACGAUGGAAGAUGAAGUGGACCGAACAUGUGGUAGUAGUAAAAUUACUCUAGAUCGUCGACAAGAUUUACUUGCCUGCUCCAAGGAAGAGUUGAUUGACCACAUAAGUGUACUGCAAUCACAAAUUACUGCUUUAAAAGGUUACCAAGCAACAGCAGCUGAUGGUAAUUGCAGAUUAAAACCUAUCAAGACAAAGAAGAAGCCCAGACCAUUUGAUUUCACAAAAUAUAACACACGACAUGUGGCGCUUAAGAUAGCAUAUUUGGGAUGGGAUUACCAGGGAUUUGCCAGCCAGGAUAAUGAAAAAAAUAACACAAUUGAGGCAAUGCUCUUUGAUGCUUUCCAGAAAACACGGUUAAUAGAAAACAGGCAGUCAUCAUGUUAUUCUAGGUGUGGAAGAACAGAUAAAGGCGUCAGUGCUUUCAGUCAAGUCAUAUCAAUUGAUCUCAGAACUAAUUUAUUAGAUGGUACAGAUGCUUUCAGCUUUCCUCUUAUCAUUUGUUUAGGGGAUAAGUCAACAGAAAUCCGAUAUGUGCAUAUUUUAAAUAAAGUUCUUCCUGAUGAGAUAAGAGUGUUAGCAUGGACUCCAGUAGAUCCGGAUUUCGAUGCAAGAUUCAGUGCUCGUAGCAGGACAUAUAAAUAUUUUUUUCCUAAAGGAGAUUUAAAUAUUGAGCUUAUGCAAAUUGCAGCUCAGAAGUUGGUAGGAGAACAUGACUACAGGAAUUUCUGCAAGAUGGAUGUUGCAAAUGGUGUUGUGAAUUUUGUGAGAAAAAUACUAAGAAUUGACAUUGUUUCUCUGGAUGAUGGUGAAAAUGGAUUUCAGAUGCAUGAAAUUACUAUAAAGGGACAAGCAUUUCUUUACCAUCAAGUCAGAUGUAUUAUGGCCAUACUAUUUCUUAUCGGGCAGUGUAAAGAGAAAUCUACGGUAAUUGAUGAGUUGUUAGAUAUCACAGAGAAUCCAUGCAAACCACAGUAUCCUAUGGCAUCAGAAUUACCAUUGGUUCUAUACGACUGUCAAUAUGAGAAUAUAAAUUGGAUUUAUGAACAAGAGGAUCAAGAACUCAAUAUCGAACAUUUACAGAAAAGAUGGACAUCACAGAUAAUUAAGUAA